CUUAGCUGACGCCUGCAUGACUUUAUUCAGGUGCACAAGGCAUUCUAUGUAUGUUGACAGACAAGGUGGAUGAUGAAUUGCUCGACACUGCUGGCCAGCAAUUGAAAGUGGUGUCAACCAUGAGCGUUGGCUAUGACCAUGUUGACAUGGAAGCCAUUAAAAAGCGAAAACUUCCUUUAGGGUAUACACCGGAUGUAUUGACUGAUGCCACUGCCGAUUUAACCGCGUUGCUUACUCUUGCAGCUGCCAGACGGAUCAAAGAGAGCAUAGAUGCCGUUAGAAAUGGAGAGUGGCGAGAAUGGCGUCCCAACUGGCUUUGUGGUAGCCAAUUUACACAAAAGACACUUGGUGUUGUUGGCUUGGGAAGAAUUGGUGAAGCAGUAGCCCAUCGACUGAAAGCAUUUGGUAUCUCUCAAGUCCUUUACAGCGGACGCAGCGAAAAACCUGAAGCAUCGAAAAGAUUACAAGCUCAGUUCGUCCCGUUCGACGAAUUAUUAGCAAAGUCCGACUAUGUCAUUGUCUGCUGUGCAUUGACAAAGGAAACAAAGGAAAUGUUCAAUUAUGACGCGUUCAAGAAAAUGAAACGCUCAGCCGUAUUCGUCAAUUCAGCCAGAGGCGGUAUAGUACAGCAAGACGAUUUAGUGAGGGCUCUUGAGGACGAUUUGAUUGCUGCUGCUGGUUUGGAUGUUACUACUCCAGAGCCAUUGCCACCCACCAGCAAGCUUUUGCAACUUCCAAAUUGCAUUGUCGUGCCCCAUAUUGGAAGUGCAACCUUGGAAACCCGGGAUCAAAUGGGUCUCAUGGCGGUUAGGAAUUUAGAGGCUGGAAUACAGGAUAAAGCACUGCCAACGUCAGUAUUGUAAAUGCUUGUUUAAAAGAAUAUAGUUGUU